UGUGUGUUUUCAUUGGAUGGCAUUCGUCACGUGGGGUGUGGUUUGUAUUUGUCGUUUGGGGAACGUUUUUGGCGGGCUGUUGCGGGACUUUGGUUGGUGGGAGAAUUAUUUGUUGUCUGCGUAAGGUUCAGUGCAAAAAGAAUGGCUGGUGGAAAAGCCGGGAAAGACUCCGGAAAGGCAAAGGCGAAAGCCGUCUCCCGGUCGGCAAGAGCUGGAUUGCAGUUUCCUGUGGGACGUAUCCAUCGACACUUGAAGAACCGCACUACGAGCCAUGGCCGCGUGGGUGCAACUGCAGCUGUCUACAGUGCAGCCAUCUUGGAGUACCUUACUGCUGAGGUCUUGGAGUUGGCAGGGAAUGCCAGCAAGGACUUGAAGGUGAAACGAAUCACGCCACGCCACCUGCAGCUGGCCAUUCGUGGUGACGAAGAGCUGGAUUCCUUGAUCAAGGCGACCAUUGCGGGGGGUGGUGUCAUCCCCCACAUCCACAAGUCCCUCAUUGGCAAGAAGGGAUCUCAGAAGACGCCCUGAAGAGGGCUCAAGCAAGAUGCUCUUUUUUUUUUUUUCAUCGCCCAACACCUUUAGAGUUUGCAUUCUUUUCCAGCAUUGUCAUUAAAGUACUGACAUCCACAUACAUAUUUUUUAGCUUCCCUGUAUUCCACAGCCCUUGGAGUUUCCAAAGUUUGCCUUGUACUGUCAUACUUUCUCACCGUCAUUGAGUGUAUCAUAAGUUCCAAUUCACAGCAGAAUAAAAUUGUUUCAAGGA